ACUUUAUUCGGAAAUAAUAAAUGUUUCCACACUUGGAGCAAAGUCUACAGGGUUACGAUCAAUGAAAAUUGCAGAAAUUACGGUAAUUACCUCUAGUGGUUCAACUGUUGAUAUUCGUGCAUUGAUUGUACCCCAAAUCACUACACCUCUUAAAAAUUAUCUGAAAUCUAGCGCCAGUCUUGCCAAUUUACCUUAUCUACAAGGCUUAAAAUUGGCACACGCCAUUUCUGGUGACCGGGAAUUUGAAGUUUCAGUUCUGGUAGGUGCAGAUUUUUAUUAUUCAUUUGUUGGUGAUCAUGUUGUUCGUGGCCAGGGACCCACAGCAGUGUCUUCCAAAUUGGGUUACUUAUUAUCUGGGCCAUUACCACCGCAACAUUCGAACCCCCUCCCCACCUCUACUGUAAUGCAUGUCGCUACGCACGUGUCCGGUGAAGAUUCUCUACUUCAAAAUUUCUGGAAUGUUGAGAGCAUAGGUGUUAGGGACGAUCCCACCCCACAAGAAAUUACUUACGAUGGUUAUACCAAGUCACAUUUACGCUUAGAAAAGAAUCAUUAUGUAGCUAAACUUCCCUGGAGCCAAGAUCACGCUCCCCUAUCUACAAAUAAAAAUAUUUGUGAGAAAAGAACGCGUGCUAUGGUCCAACGACUAACACCGGAACUAAGACACGUGUACGAUAAGCUUAUAAAGGACCAAUUAAAUCGUGGCUUUAUUGAAAUUAUUCCUAAUGAUGACAAGAAUUCAGAAACGGGACCUCCGCUAUUAAACGAUCUUGCUUCAAUUAUUCUCCGUUUCCGUGCACACAAAUUUGGAACCACUGCAGAUAUCGAGAAAGCAUUUUUACAUGUAGGUCUUGAUGAGAAUGAUCGAAAAUUCACUAAAUUCAUGUGGAUAUCUGACCCGGACGAUCCAAACAGUACAUUUCAAAUUUAUCGAUUUAAAGUAGUUCUUUUUGGCGCAGCGUGCUCGCCAUUUAUUCUAAAUGCAGCGAUUAAGUCCCAUUUAGAAAAUGACGGAUCGGAAAUUGCCACAGACCUCAGUAAAAACAUUUACGUGGAUAACAUUCUCAGUGGACGCGAUACUGAACAAGAUCUCAUUGCUUACCAUACUGAAGCUACAAAUCUCAUGAAAUCAAGUGGUUUCAAUCUUCGCGAAUGGGCUACAAACUCUCGUGAACUUAGAAAAAUUGCCAUAAAAUCCAACAGUUCUUGUUUAGAUUCCAAAGUAAAUGUUCUUGGUUUGCGUUGGGAUACUAAUACUGAUUCACUUUGUUACCCAAAAAGAGAAUUUGUACAGCCGUCUAAGACUGACCUACUUAUCACGAAACGGGAAGUUGUCAGGGCAACCGCCAGUUUGUAUGAUCCACUCAGUUUUAUUGCGCCUGUACAUAUCAGUGCAAAAAUAUUUAUUCAAAAACUAUGGAAAGCUAAACUUGAAUGGGACGAACCCUUGACUAGCGAACUCCAUGGCGAAUGGGUUAAACUAUGUCAAGAGUUACAAACCGUUACCCACACUCAGAUUCCACGUCGCUAUUUUAAUUCCACAAUGAGUGGCGGGACAUUUGAGUUACACGUAUUUACUGAUGCCAGUGUGAAAGCCUACGGUGCUGUAGUUUAUUUACGCAAUACAAUUUCGCGUGAAUCUGCGCUAACAAUUUCUAAGAGCAGAGUGACUCCUGUCAAACCAUUGACUAUCCCACGUACCGAGCUUAUGGGUACAUUGUUAGACGCACGUCUCAUAAAUGUGUGGAAACCCUUCAGGAAACCGAUUCCUGCACCCCUACAAGCAUGUAGAUUACAUAAUGCUCCACCCGUCACCGCUACAGGUGUGGACUUUACCGGAGCCGUGUUUGUCUCGGUAGAGAAGACAGAGCGGAAAGCCUAUAUCUGUUUAUUAACAUGCGCUGUGACUCGGGCUAUUCAUUUAGAAUUGGUUAUGGAUCUCUCUACCGAUACAUUUUUACGUGCCUUCAGACGGUUUGCUGCGAGGCGUUCAUUACCUAGUAAAAUUGUUUCGGACAAUGGAUCAACGUAUCUUUCCGCAGCUAAAGAAAUACAGAAAUUAUUAGAGUCAGCGUCAAUUCAAAACUACUUUGCAAACCACCGCAUGGAGUGGUCCUUCAUACCAAAACGUGCCCCUUGGUUUGGAGGACUUUGGGAGAGACUUAUUGGUAUGACAAAAACAUCCCUCAAAAAAGUCCUCGGUCACGCCUUUGUGUCUGUUGACGAACUGCAAACAGUUCUUACAGAAAUCGAAGCCACAUUAAAUGACCGCCCACUAACUUAUCUCUCCUGUGAUAG